AUGACAGAAGUCAAUAACACGGACUUGAUAACUGCUGCCGCAAUAUCAAGAGCUCCUUUUGGCGACCAACUAUCGCGUUUAGCAUCAAUAACUUUACCGAGUCCAGAGGAAAUUGAUUCUUUGGCUAAAGGAAAUGCCAAUACAUCUGGAAAGCCUUUAUCAGAUAAAACAGUAAAUGCUAGCUCGCCAACUAUUGAUGGAUUUCCGAAUAACUCUUGUCCCACGGGGCCUCACGCAAUCUUAGCUCAGAUAUCUUCAGCUGUAGACAAUGUUCUGUUUUAUUUUAAAACUGCAAGAGCAGUUCUUACAGGUCUUGAUGCAGAAGAUAAUGUCGAAUGGAUUUACGAAGGCCGGCAGGCCGUCUUCGAUGUUGGUUCUACAAUUCUUCGGGCAGGCGACACUAUGACACAGAUGAUGAGUGUUUUGGAACAAACAAAGUCCUCAAAUAACGACAGUGAGCAGCAAGAACAGGAUGAUAAGUUGAGUGCAAAACAAUAUAUUCCUGUUGUGGAUAAAAUCGAACAAGCUAUUAAAGAAUGGCAUGAGAUUUUGGACCUCGUAAGGUAUCUGCGCCUACAGGUUGAUAUUUCCACUGAGUGGAAAGAUCUGUACGAACAAAUUUUGACAGAAGUCAGCGAUGAGAUUGAUAGCUGUGCAACAUCUGUCUUUGAGAUUCAAGAAAAGCUAUUGUCCAAGGCUGAACCAACUAGUGUCGACAUCGAUGCUUUGAUCACAGUGAUGGACGAGAGCCCGUAUAUGGGAAAGAUCAAGUUACCCAGUUUGACGGAAUCUGAAAGAGAUCUUAAUCGAAGCUAUCUAGAACUUAACUCUAAGCUCAAACCAUUGCGAGCGAGUCUCGAUUUUGUACCUCUUCGAAUUGAGCAUUACAACCAAACAGCUAAGGACAUAUUUCCUUCGUCUGUUGCAACUCUUAACAAAAAGCAUAAAGAACUUGAAGAAAGGUUUGAUAAAGUGACGCGAGAUGUCAAGGCUCUGGAAAAACAGCUUGGUGAUGAGCGUUGGAAGACUAUCUUUCGAAAGACUGGAAACAAAGCAGUAGAGAUGCUGAAUACGCUCCAGGAGAAUCUGAAUAUAAUCAGCUCCGAACAACAGAAAGCUCGUCAAGGAGAUAAAAUUGACAGGGCAAAAAUGGAUCGAUAUGCUACUAAAAAUGGAUACUUGAUGCCAGCUAUAGCCCGUCACAUAUCCAUCAUUGAUCGUGCUAUUAGGGAAAGAUUUUCUGUUACAAGUGAAAUGUAUACGGUCCAGGCAGCUUUGCACCGACAAUGGAACUCCCUGGUACUUCUCGCUGAGACAAAAGCAGGUCUGGAUGAGGAACUAGGUGAAGGAGUUGGAAGCCCUUGUUCUGGGAGAGGUAAUAAUUCUACGCAUUCGGGUGACUUUUCUAUUACCACUGCAUUUUCUCAAUAUUCAAUAGGGUCAAGCUCUCCAAAUUCUUCUCCAGCGACAUCACCGACACCAUCGAAUUCUGGAACUUCGAAACCUGGAUUAGUUCGCCAUCAUCGCAAGAAGUCAAGUCUAGAUAUAGCGCCUGUUCGGGGGUUAGCAAUCAAGUUCCCUGCUCCUCAUCGAAGAAAACCGUCGGUAACGAACCCAAUGUUAGCUCCAGUAGGUACAGCUGCAGAAAGUAGCACUUCUUCGAAUGAUGAGCUAGAAAGCCGGUUAUCAAGUAUUUCAUCUACUACCAGUGCGAAUGAAAGUAAUAAAAUUGCAUCACCAUCUCCGUCCUCUCCUUCUCCUCAUGUGCCAAUAUCAUCCACUGAGGCUAUAUCGCCCUCAAUAAUGCACCCGCGCACUUCUCCUAGCACUACUGCUGUCGCCAUUGUAAAUGUCUCGAAAAAAUCAUCACCGCUACCUCAAAACGAUCUUAAGAGUGCCACAGCUGUUAGUCCAUCGCUAUCGAGAGAUGGUAACUUUUUGAAACCCGUGUCAUCACUAUCACAUAGUCAUACGGCUCAAAACUCAAUCCCAGCAGGUCGAAAUUCUAGACUGAGCAUGACACCUUCCAGUUUAUCUUUGUUGCCCCUACCAAUGCCUGCCAAGCAAUCUCAAAUUCCUAUUUAUUCACCAGAGAGAAAGUCAUUUCCCUCUAGGGCAUCACUUGGUACCCCGUUGUCACGGCCAUCGUCCAAACUCGAGUCUCGUCAGUCACUAACCGGUGCAUAUCCAGAAUUCCAGACCCCUAGCAAGCUUCCUAGGCCUGCCUCGAGGCGAAGCGACAUAGGUCCAACUGCAUCUAUGACGGAACGUCGAACUUCAUCUAGAAUUGGAAUGAUUCCAGUUCCAAGUACGCCAGCACAGGGUACUCAACGAGCAUCUAGGGUCUCCAUGACGCCCAUCCCGAGUACUCCAAAUACAAGGCCCCAGCCAGCUUCUGGAAUAAAGCGCCCAACAUCUCGUCUUGAAAUCCAAGCACUCCAUACCCCAAAGCUGAACUCAUCUCAUUUUGAACCUCCAGCGUCUACUCCUAGCCCGGGGGUUAGUCGCAGAGUCUCGAGUUCCUCGCUCCAGAGACCAAUGACAGUGGAUAGAAGGUUGGAUCGAAAGGUUUCACUUCCGAGUCAUCUUCAUCAAACGGCUUCAGUACGAAGGGCUGUGACUCCUUUCGAAAUGAAUCGCCCAGGAAGCAGCUCGUCGAAUUCACGAAUUGUACCACCUGUACCAUCCAGACCCCCAUGGAGGUAA